AUGAUAGAUCACGUCUUGGGGAGACCUUCUACGCGUUUCCGUAAGAUCCAGGUUUUCGCUGUGGUUUCCUUCUGGUCACUUUAUCUUCUGCGCGCGAACAAGCAUGGCCCGCCUUUUAUUCGAUCUCUUUCCAGAUAUUGCAGCAGCAGGCUAAGUGCCUGGCAGACCACCGUCAUUAUCUUUCUAUGGCUCUAUGUCUGCCGCAACUUUGGCAAGAUCGUCGGCCUGGAAUGCCCGGAGCCCUUGGCGAACCUCUACUCGCGAUCUUUCUUUCGCGCGACUUGGAUCACAACUGGGUUGGACGCUGGAUUCUGGACUGCUAUGAAUAUCAAGCCCAAAUGGCUACGGGAUUUGGCUUCCUUGGUUUUCACUGUCUACUAUCUCAUCGCCGCAGAGGCAGCGGAUGAAAAGGUCCGGAAGGUUCGGGGUACCCUGAAUCUGGAACAUUUGAGGGUUUCCUGGAAUAAAGCUACGUCGCCCUACCUAUGGGUAUUGGCGAGUUUGCUCCGACCUCGAUUGACUCGGUAUUCGCCUCGAGCGAUUCGCAUUGCGCGCCCGCUCCACUCCGUCCACGGUGAUCCUGUGAAUGCAUGGCUGUACUUUGAUGGGCCUCUGAGUGCGCUCAAAGACCAAACUAAAAUCAUUCUGGACAUUCCAGGAGGUGGCUUUGUUGCUAUGGGACCUCGAAGUUCUGAAGACAAGUUAUUGUCGUGGGCAGGACGGCUGAAAGUGCCGGUGUUGAGCAUCGACUACAAAAAGGCUCCAGAAUUUGCGUAUCCGUAUGCGCUACAUGAGUGCUACGAUGUUUAUCACACGAUCAUGUCUACAAAUGGCCGUUGUCUUGGGAUGAGUGGCUUGACACGCCCGCGAGUUGUGGUGACGGGAGAAAGUGCGGGCGGCAAUCUAGCAGUCUCGAUGACCCUGAUGGUCUUGCAGUCGGCUAUGGCACAAGGCUGGAAGGGUGACGAUGUAAUACCUCGUCCAGACGGGCUAGUCCUGGCAUAUCCGGCGCUCAACAUGAGAGUCGAAAGCUGGAUGACCGACGAGCAAAUGUCAUUGAUCCAGGAUAAAAGCUCCCGCCAGACCAACCGAAGUGUUCUGCAACGGAAACAGGAUCAAUAUCGCAAACUAACGCCGUACACGUCCCCGGGUCAUUCGGUUGAGAACUUGACAGCAAUCACGAAACAAGAACCCCAGAAAGAUGAGCAAGUCAAUGUUGCAUCCGAGACCUCAAAAGCACUCCGCGAGAAGCUGAAAAAGAGUGAGGAUCUGAAUAAUAACGCACUCUCUCAGCCCGAGGACCAAGUCCAACCUAUCAAAACGAGACUGGCCGUUUCUUCAAUGAUAUCCUACGUUCAUGAUCGGAUUCUCACACCUGAAAUGAUGCGAGCUAUGAUCAUCCUCUACAUUGGACCUCAUCACCGUCCGGACUUCAAUACCGACUUCUACCUGUCCCCGGUUCUUGCACCGGAUUCACUUCUCGCAGCUUUCCCCAAAACCUACAUCUUGACCGGCGAGCGCGACCCCUUGGUUGAUGAUACAGUCAUUUUCGCAGGCAGACUGCGCCAAGCAAAGCUUCAUCAAUUCCAUGAACGUCAAGACCUAGGUCUAGAGAAAUCGGGACACCAAUUCAACGAGAAGGAUCAUGUCGAGGUCUCGCUUAUCCCGGGUGUGUCGCAUGGGUUCAUGCAAAUGGCCGGAUUCUUCCCGGAUGCAUGGAAAUACAUCAAUCGCAGCGCGAGUUGGAUUGAGAACAUCUUCAAUUCUAUGGAGGUAGAUGACUCUGAAUACAGUCUUCUUCAAGCAUCUCAGAGCUCUGGUGUGAGGUCUUCCCAAAAGUGGAAGAGCGCCACCAAGAGUAACGGGGGUGUCAAAGGCUACCACAGCAACCAUCACCGCCGUUUCACGGGCGAGUCUUCAGCGGAUGAGGACAGGCCGUUAGAGAUGAGUAUGAGCAAGAUUAAAUCUUCGCCUCACAUGUCAGAUCAACCCGAAACUCGCGUGCGUCGCAGAAGAUCUCGUUCAUCAUUUGCCUCCUCUCGAUUGACCGGGUUCACAAGCGCUGGAAUCGAGUCUGGCCAUACAAGGGAAUUCAUUGCAAAACUGAAACGCCUUGAGCUCGACAGGCAAGAUCAAGACACAUUUGAUGAGGUCAACAGUGCACCAGUAAGCCCAGGAACUGCUCGUCCACGUGGUCGAAGUAUUGCAUCUUUAGAUAGCGAAGAAGAUCUUUUAGAUCGGCGGAUGAACGGGAUUGCGGGUGGUCUUAUGGGAAUGGGAGAGGGUGCGCGCACACCUGGGACAUGA